AUGAGUUUUCUCAGUAAUUUUGGUAAAAAGGCUGUGGAAAAAGCCUACGAUCUCGCGUCGAAAGUUGAAGGCGGUCGAGACUAUCUAACGACUGCAGCGAACACAGUGAAUUCAUUAGUCAAAGGCAAGGAUGCACGUGUUUACCUUAAACCUGGCAAUGUCAUACAAUUUGUAUCUCGUGCAUCUGCUCGUUCCAUACAAAUUGUUGUUGCUAAAGAUACAAAUGAGUUAAUCUGUGAUGCGAUCGGUGGUACUGGACCAUUUUUUCCUAAUGCCUACUGGUUGGUCGUCUGUGGCCAACAUGGUCGAUACUACUUUCACAAUAAUUAUAAUUAUCUAGCAAUUAAAAACGGCAAAAUUGCAAUCAUUCCAUCUUCAGCCGGUGAAAAGCCACCUGCUGAAGCCGAGCUUCGUGUACAAGAUGUAUUAGGUUCUGCUCAAGCUAUUUAUCUUGAAUCAGUUCAAACGCCAGGAUAUUUUAUUAGCUUCGAUGAAGAUGGUUCUACUGCCGAUGAAAUCAAAAUUAAAACGAAAGAAAAAUUUUCUCAAUUCGAAAUUCAAUUAAUUGCGUAUGGGCCAGGUAUUCAGCCAGAAAAAGAUGAUCACACACUUGAAACGUCGAAUGAAGCUUCGCCACCAUCUUAUUGGGCUGCAGCUGCUAAUACUUCAACCUCUCCGACUGCGAAUCGACAAUCUCAAAUUGGUGACGAAACCACUUCACCGAAAUCAUAA